UGACACAGAGGAUCAGCAAGCUCGGUGUAGGAAGAACUAUGUCUCGCUAUCUCAGUUCGUUUGUCUUUUCAAUGGCGUUUUUUGUGUCUCUCUCGUUAAAAAAUAUACACGUGACUCAAACACCAAGAAUAACUCUAACGGCCAAAGAAUUUAUAUAUAAAAGGUUGCUAUUGCCUGAGCAAAGACAAGUCGAACUGCUGAAGGGCCAAGAAGAAGAUAAAGUAUAUGUCGGAGGGAGACAGCUUCUCAAGGCUGACUUUCACGCGCGCCAGAUUAAAGAGAUUCCUGUGUUUGAAAAAGUUUGUGAUAUUCAACUCUCAUCUGGUUGUCAAUACAACAUCACAGUGUUACAUAGUAAUGAAGACACAGGCCAACUUCUGAUAUGCGGGACAAAUGGACAGGAUGGCAUGUGUUGUCACAAGAACCCAGCGAUACACUCUUCUGAGUGCAGCCCAUCUGAACACAUGAAGCCAAACUAUCAGGAACGGGAGCCAUCUCUCCUCAUGGUUACUCCUGAUGCUGAGGAGCUCUACACCACUCGGUCUGGUACUGAGGGCUCAGUAGGCAUCUACAGGUUUGGAAAGACCAAAACCACCCCCAAGGACAGUCCUACAGAGCUGAGGUACUUGAGUCUGGUGAUGAGUGGCCCAAGAGAAGAGCGUCUGCAAGACAAACUGUAUGCCUUUUACAUGGAAAAAAAUCCUGAUCUGAACCCUGGCUCUGAACUGUGGAUUCCCAGGGUGGCCCAGAUCUGCAUGGCCGAUGUGGGUGGACCCAAGGGGAUCUUCCAGUACUCCUGGACAUCCCAGCUGAGAGCCCGGCUAUUGUGUGGUGACCAGACCAGCAAGCAGUAUUUCAGCCAGCUGGUAGAUACAGCCACUCUGAAAGCAGAGCGCUGGCAGGACACCAGGGUCUACGGACUCUUCAGGAACACCUGGGGGAUGAGCGCCGUGUGUGUCUACACCAUGGAAGAUAUUGACAGUGUAUUUAAGGCCUCCAACUUCAAGGGAUACACAGGGACCAUCCCAAGCCCACGACCUGGAAUAUGCAGCCCGGACAGCACUAAACCCCUCUCCCACGACUUUGUGACGCUGGUGAACAAAGACACUGAAAUGGAGGAUUGGGUUAUGCCAACUGGCAACACCGGACCGCUCCUAGUUCACCACCACAAUUACACACACAUCCUGGGGGAUCGAGUCCAAACCGAACACACGGUCCUGUUCUUAUCCACAGAGAAGGGAGUCAUUCAUAAAGUUCUCGAAAAGGAUGACAAGGCUUUUGUCAUUGCUGAGUAUCAACCCUUUAGCAGCAGAACACACAUUCUUAACAUGAUGAUCCACUCCUCCUCGGGCAAGCUUUAUGUGAGUUCCAGCAGUGAGCUGGUCCAGGUGAACCUGGUCAGCUGCGGCCAGUAUGGACCCCAGUGUGAGGACUGUGUCCUGGCCAGGGACCCUUACUGUGGCUGGAAUGGCACACACUGCGCCCCCGCUACACGAAUGACUAAUGUGACCCAUGGGGAUGCUACUAUUUGCAAGACCCCUCAAAAAGAACCUGUAUACAAAGUUCAGACAAGUUCCCCAGCAACAGAUGUCCGCCCUGUAAAGAUGGACUCAAAGCACUUCCUCAUCUGUCCAAUCUCGUCCAAUCACGCACAAUACAGCUGGUAUCGCAAUGAUGAGCCCCUUCCCUUCCUUAGCACCGAGCGUGAGUGUCUGCUGCUGAUUGAGAGCAUGAGUUUCGCGAACGCCGGCACCUACAGGUGUGAGUCUGAGGAGGGGGGCUACCGCAGGACCCUGGCACAGUACACCUUACAGGUGGAGGAUGGCACACCUGGGCUGGCAUCAUGCCCUCUUGGGUGGAUCAUAUUUAUAGUUACAGUGGUGCAGAUGCUGAUGUGUUAGUUUAUACCCUCUGGCUUAUAGGCACUUAGAAAAUGUGAAUUCUUCUUUGAAUAGGCACUUAUGGGCCUCAUCCAGCAUUUGACACAAUUUGCACUUUCGUAUUUCUAGGCUAUGCAAUACAGCCAUGCUACCUCAGGACUUUCUGCUCUUCAUGACUCACCAGAUGCUU